AUGGAGCUCGACGACGCGCCGGAUACGGGUCAGGAGAAACAGAAUGUUCCAAAGAACAUUCCUGCAACUCGCGACGCGUCCAACGCGUUUAUCAACCCAAUCGGACCCCAAGAACAGUCUAAAUGGACUGCAACCAUCCCACCUCCCAAAACCAUUCCCCCUCUCAAGUUCGACAACGCUAGCUUUGGUCAAGGAGCCUCUCAGUCUCCCUCGAUUCAAUCUUCGGACUUAGGAAACUUUGCAAAGAAAAGGUCCAGAACGGACACACCUGGCACGAUCGCAGCAGACCAAGCGUCUGAGUUAACGGGGAGUCCUAGGACAAACCACAUGCAGAAUCUCUUCCCAGGAGGAACUGAAAACCGAACUCUCAAGGAGAUGCACUCACCGAACAGAUGUCAUAUCUAA